CGUCUACAUCGCCCAUCAUCGUCGCCAUUGUUGACAUGGGCAAGAUUCCUCACCAGCCCCUCUAUUAGAUAUAAACAAGCCAUAAGCUCUAAAAUAUAACUGUUUCAGGAGUGAAUAGGAAAAAUCGUUUGUUUAACAAAAAACGAUGUUGACGCCUGUGAAGCAACUUCCGCCUUUUCUCCAAGGGGCUGCACCGGAAGUCUCUUGGCUUUCUCAAUAAGGGGCUAUUGAUAAGCCGUUGCAUUCUGGGAAAUGUAGUUUAGUGGGAACAGUGGGCCAAACCUCCCAAAUGUUUUUCGCGCCUUUGAGACCUAUGAGGGCGUUCGGUUUCUGCUGAUCGCGUUCACCGCUGGUAGGAUAGCCCCCACGCCUGUCGAAACUGAAAGUCACUCUUAGAGCAAAGGGGCAGGGCCCAGUGAUUUCCUCCUCCCUGCUUCCCUUUCCCUCAGCAGAGGAUUUCCUGUGGGGGGAGGAGCAGCCGUCGCUGCAUUGAUCCUGCCCAGACGUGAAGGCGCUUCUCUGGGAUCCCCUGCCGAGAGCUGUAUAAGCAAGAAGACGGCGCGACAGGAUGUUUUCUUUUAAUAUGUUUGAUCAUCCAAUCCCCCGAGUUUUCCAGAACCGCUUCUCAACCCAGUAUCGUUGCUUCUCAGUAUCUAUGCUUGCAGGACCUAAUGACAGAUCAGAUGUGGAGAAAGGCGGGAAGAUAAUUAUGCCACCAUCUGCUUUGGAUCAACUCAGUCGACUUAACAUUACAUACCCAAUGUUAUUUAAGCUGACCAAUAAAAAUUCAGAUCGAAUGACACAUUGUGGUGUGCUAGAAUUUGUGGCUGAUGAAGGCAUUUGUUACCUUCCACAUUGGAUGAUGCAGAACUUGCUUCUGGAAGAAGGAGGCCUGGUGCAGGUAGAGAGUGUUAACCUUCAAGUGGCUACUUAUUCAAAGUUUCAACCACAAAGUCCAGACUUCCUUGACAUCACCAAUCCCAAAGCUGUACUAGAAAAUGCUUUGAGAAACUUUGCUUGUCUAACCACUGGGGAUGUUAUUGCCAUCAACUACAAUGAGAAGAUCUACGAGCUCCGGGUAAUGGAGACCAAACCUGAUAAAGCUGUGUCCAUCAUAGAGUGUGAUAUGAAUGUGGAUUUUGAUGCACCUUUGGGGUACAAAGAACCAGAAAGACACACACAACACGAGGAGAACACAGAUGUUGAAGCAGAUCACAGUGGCUACGUGAGUGACCUAGGAUUUCGUGCAUUCUCUGGCUCUGGGAAUAGGCUAGAUGGUAAGAAGAAAGGUGUCGAGCCUAGUCCCUCACCAAUUAAACCAGGAGACAUUCGAAGAGGAAUACCUAAUUAUGACUUCAAAAUCGGUAGGAUCACAUUCAUUAGAAAUUCUCGACCACUAGUCAAGAAAGUUGAAGAGGAUGAAUCUGGUAGCCGGUUCAUUGCAUUUUCAGGAGAAGGCCAGUCCCUGCGCAAGAAAGGAAGAAAACCAUAACUUAUGGAACCUUUGGCCAAUUGGGGAGAAUAAAAUAAUAUUGCACUGUU